CAAAGAAUUGCUUAGAAUCUGCCUGUAGCAAACCAUCAGGUCACCAACUUACAACUUAGUUCAAAACAUUAGUGACUCUUCUAAUGCAUUUCUCAUGUCCCAGGUUUAAUUGUCCAUAUAACUGUUGUAUGCAAAGUAAUAAAUCCUGACGUGGUGGAAUUUUGUUUAAUUCAAUACUGCAAUCAUGGCUGAUAUUGAUCAAUGGAUUGAGAUCACCAAAGACUGCAAGUAUCUUCCUGAAAAUGACUUGAAGCUCCUCUGCAGUCUGGUAUGUGAUUUGCUGUUAGAGGAGGGAAAUGUGCAGCCAGUGUCGUCUCCCGUCACUGUGUGCGGUGAUAUACAUGGCCAGUAUUAUGACUUGGAAGAACUUUUCCGGACGGGGGGGCAGGUGCCGGACACAAACUACAUAUUUAUGGGAGACUUUGUGGACCGAGGAUAUUAUUCCUUGGAGACCCUGACUAGGCUGCUGGUCCUCAAAGCCAAGUGGCCCAACAGGAUUACUUUACUGCGUGGCAAUCAUGAGUCACGGCAAAUCACACAGGUCUACGGCUUUUAUGACGAAUGCCAAAACAAGUAUGGCAAUGCCAAUGCCUGGAAAUAUUGCUGCCAAGUAUUUGAUCUACUCACAAUUGCAGCAAUCAUAGAUGAAAAAGUUUUCUGCGUGCAUGGCGGAUUGUCCCCAGAGAUCAACACCCUCGACCAGAUACGCACCAUUGAUCGAAACCAAGAAAUUCCUCAUAAGGGCGCCUUCUGUGACCUGGUGUGGAGUGAUCCCGAGGACAUGUCCAGGUCCUGGUCCACGUCCCCCAGAGGGGCUGGUUACCUCUUCAGCGAACGCGUCGUGCAGCAGUUCAUGGCUGCCAACUCCCUCACCCUCAUGUGUCGAGCACAUCAGCUAGUUAAUGAAGGCAUCAAGUUUUUGUUCAACGAACAACUGGUGACUGUGUGGUCGGCGCCCAACUAUUGCUAUCGCGCCGGUAACGUGGCUGCCAUACUCUGCUUUACGACAGCCGAGAUCCGACAUGCCAAGCUUUUCAACGCCGUGCCGGACGACAAGCGUGUUAUCCCGCCCGUUCACACUACGCCAUACUUCCUCUGAGGCGGUGAGCUACUUCCUCCUACAGGCUACUUCCCUCUUAGUGUGUCAAGACCGCCGUAAAUAGUUGUGCCCAAGUGCUGACCCGGAUGCCUUCGUCGGAAAAACUAAAAACCAAGUCACGCGCCCUCGCCUGCACCCAUCCAACUUGCCCAACGGCUAUGGGCUGCCUGCUCUGAUGUAGUGUAGCGAUGUGAUCACAUGCUGUGCUGGAAUAGUUUACUUUACCAUGGGUUAUCAAGCAAAGUAUCAAAUUCUAGAGCGGUAACAUGUUUGGAAUAAUAACUACAGGGCAGAAUCUAUGUCUACCUUCAUUGAAUUGAAAUUACUUUCUGAUUUGAUUCAGGGGAAGAUUGUUGUUUCAUCUGUGGUCUUUAUUAUGGUGAUUUUUAUUGCAGGAAGGGUGUGUAUAUUUGAAUUUAAAAAUAUACAUUUUUCUCCAUAUUUGUUUUCGUGCCGGAUCGCUCCUGCGUUCUUAUUGCUACAAUUGAAAGUUGUAGUAUCCAUUUCUUGUAUGUUAUUUAACGUCUUAACCUUUGCAUGUUAUUGAACGUCUUAUCCUAUCACAUUAUUGACAACGCAUUACAAAAUACAUUACAUUAAAUUAUUUUGUGACAGGAGUUACUUGAAAUAUUUAGUCUCGUGAGAUGGAUUAUCAUUUCGUGGAAAGGUAGAACCAAUGUUCUACUAAUAGAAUUGAGCGAGACAUUGUCAAAAUAACGCCGCUCAUGCUCCAUUGUGUAACGCGAUCAAGGGCUUAUCAGUGCUACGUACAAUGUCACUAUUUGGAUACAAUGUUCCAUUCAUUUUUUUUGCUGUGCGGUAGGUGUCGAAAGGCUGUUGACAACAGUAGUGUCCUGUACACUUGGUUACUUGCUUCUUCCCUAUUACUUCAAUUUUCGUUUUCUUUUCUGAUUUUCUUCCGAUUUACUUGUUUAUUUGUAUUGGUGACUCGUAUGGAACAAUUAUUUAUCAUUAUUAAACCUUGAAAACAUU